GACAUAGAUCAUCUACGCUGGUGAUUUACAGUGAUAACAAACAUUCGUACGAUCUAAAUGAAGUCAGAUCGACGGGCCAUCAAAGAGCUUUUGGAAGGGUAAAAUGUUACGACAUAGUGAUAUGGAGUGUAUUAUGCAAGAGUUUAUUUCAAGAUCUAACUAGCACAAACUUCACUUGUCACUGGAUCAAGGAUGAUGAUAGAGAACACGGUGAAUUCACUUCAACGUAUUAAAUGAAUUUUAGAUUUCUGAGAUUAGGUAUUUACAAAACAAUUACUAUAUUAUACAAACGCUUCGUAGGCUUUCCAAAAACUGGAUAUAAUUCGGUUCUUAGGGUCUCAGAGAUUUCACUUGACAAGAGAUUAGCUGUAUAAGUCUAUUCUUCUUAUAAUACGACAAAAGAGGACUUGACAGUCUUCGAACUGCAUGACGACAAAUUCGCAUUUGAGGUACUCUAUUUCUUCUUUUAGAAGCGCUCCAUAAAAUGAAGACUCAAGAGUAAAAAAUUGCUAGUUUAUACCAGCCAUCCAAUCUUGUUGACCUUCAAGGUAGUGAAAACACCGCACAUUUUGGUUAUCAUGUCAGUUUCUGUUGUUGGGAUUUCCGACCACUCUACAUUAAUUCAUGAAAAGCGAAACACGAAAUUUAUUAUACAUUUGAAAGCAAACAAUCAAGAAUGGUCUGUAACCCGUCAUUAUACAGAAUUUCAUGCAAUCUAUACGAAAUUGAGGGAAUCAGAAGAUUGUACAGGGUUACAAUUGCCAGGAAAUAACCUGCUAGGCAUCUUUACAAAUCGACGUAAAGGUUUGUAUAAAUUUGUUAAGAAACUUGUAUCCACUGAGUUGUUGAUUAAGAACGAAGAUGUACGACUAUUUCUUGAUCUUCAUAAAGACAAAAAACUAUCUAAUUUAACGUCAUCUCAUGACACAGAUUUAAUUGAUCUUGGGCCAACAGAAGACAAAAAAGCAUCAUUGGAUGACUUCGAAAUUGUGAAAACUAUUGGUGAAGGAAAUUUCGGAAAGGUUUAUUUAGCUGUUACACGUAAAACAAAUCAAGCAUUAGCAAUAAAAGUACUUAAAAAAGAUGCAGUUAAACAGCGUAAAGAAGUUGAUAAUGUCAUGUCUGAACGUAAUGUAUUGGUUAAAAGUUUAAAUCAUCCAUUUCUGUGUAAACUACACCUUUCAUUUCAAAGUACAACUAAAUUAUACUUUGUAUUGGAUUAUAUCAAUGGUGGGGAGUUAUUUUAUCAUAUUCAACGUGAACGAGUAUUUACUGAAACACGAACCCGAUUUUAUGCAGCACAAAUUGCUUCUGCUUUAGGUUAUUUACAUUCAGAGAAUAUAAUUUAUCGUGAUUUAAAACCUGAAAAUAUACUUCUUGAUAGUAAGGGAUAUGCAAUCCUUACAGAUUUUGGGUUAUGUAAACAAAAUUCUGCCAGUCAGUCUACUACGCUAACAUUUUGUGGCACUCCUGAGUAUUUGGCACCAGAAAUUUUGCGUAAACAGCCAUAUGAUUUUGCAGUUGAUUGGUGGUGUUUAGGGUGUGUUAUUUAUGAAAUGUUACAUGGUCUACCUCCGUUCUAUUCAGAAAAUCGUGCACAUAUGUACCGAUAUAUAUUGGAAAGACCUUUAAGAACACGUAAUACACUUAGUUCAUCAACUGAAAAUAUUUUAUUUCGUUUACUUCAAAAAGAUAAAAUUAGUCGACUUGGAAGUGAAAAUGAUUUUGAAGAAAUUAGUAAGCAUCGAUUUUUCAAAGAUAUUGAUUGGAUAAAACUACUAGAGCGCAAAUUAACUGCACCAUUUCUGCCAUCGGUAACCUCAUCAACCGAUACACGAAAUAUUUCACCGGAAUUUGUCAAUUCCGCUGUACCAAAUUCCGUUAUAUGUUCUGUAAUGCGAUCACGAAAUCUUCAUGGUAUAGAUGAAACAUUUUCUGGAUUUUCUUAUAUCCCAACCAAAAAUAUUCAUAAUUAGUCAUAGUUGGACUGAAUAUAAACUUAUUCUUACAUAUUUAAUUUACAUUCGAAUAUAUCCUAUUCUGUUACUUUAACAUUUUCAUCAUGGUUCAAUUGUUCAAUGCUAAUCAACUGUCAUAUUUAAAUCUGCUCUCAAUAACUCAUUUAAAUGUUGAAAUUAACUGUUGGAACAGCUUGUACUAUUUUAGUUGUGAAGAUGUUUUUGAGGGUAAACAUUGAUGAACUCAUAGGUGCUGCUUGAUUCCGUUUAAUGAUAAUGCUAAUAAAAUAUAGAUUCUCAUUAA